AUGCCUGCCGAGCGCUGCCUGCCCCUCAGCUGCGUGCUGGAUGUGCUGGAGGGCCGAGCCCAGCACCCCGGAGUCCUCUACGUACAGAAGCAGUGCUCCAACCUGCCCACUGAGCUUCCUCAGCUGCUGCCUGAUCUGGAGCCCCACGUGCCCUGGGCCUCUGAGGCACUGGUGCACAAGGACCACUAUGAGAACCUCUACUGUGUCAUCUCAGGAGAGAAGCACUUCCUGCUGCAUCCUCCCAGCGACCGGCCUUUCAUCCCCUAUGAGCUGUACACACCGGCAACCUACCAGCUAACUGAAGAGGGCUCCUUCAAGGUGGUGGAUGAAGAGGCUAUGGAGAAGGUGCCGUGGAUCCCACUGGACCCCUUGGCUCCAGAUCUGGCCCGGUACCCCAGUUACAGUCAGGCCCAGGCCCUUCACUGCACAGUGCAAGCUGGGGAGAUGCUCUACUUGCCUGCCUUGUGGUUCCACCAUGUCCAGCAGUCCCAUGGCUGCAUUGCCGUGAAUUUUUGGUAUGACAUGGAGUAUGACCUCAAGUACAGUUACUUCCAGCUGCUGGACUCCCUCACUAAAGCCUCAGGCCUCAACUGA